AUGCACGAGAAAGUCCAACUCGAGCGUCUCCUCGACGGCCUCCAGGGCCCAGACUGGCUCAAAGUCAUGGGCAUCACCGGCGUAACGGACGGUGAACGCAAAGACUGGGAGCCCAAGCGCGACUAUUUUGUCCGCGAAGUCGAGGCCCUCGUCGACAAAUUCCGCGUGUGGAAAGAGGAAGAAAAACGACUGCGAGCGGAAAAGGAAGCCGCCCUUGCCGCAGCAGACGAAACUUCCGACGACGAGGAUGAUGAAGAAGAAGAAGAAGAAGGCAGCGACGACGCAUCAGAAACCGUGGCUCUGCACUCUCGCCCCACGACACACUCUCAACGCUCCCAGCCCACCAAACUCCCCUCUCCCCCCAAACCCCGCCGACCUCCCCAGCCCCACGGCUUCCUACUCCCCGUCCUGCCCCCAGAGUCCUUGGCCCCAUUUGUCUCAUUUUACGCGAAACCGCAUUUGCGGGCUGCGGCGCUCGGGAAGCAUCGCCAUGGCCGGAACGCGAGUGCGUUUGGGGUGCCGGUGCCCGAGUGGGAGGAGAGGGAGUUUGAGCUGCCUGAGGAGUUGCUGGGCGAGCAUGUGUUGCGGGAUAGUGCGAGGCGAAGGCGGAGGCGGAAGAGGGAGAGUGGGGUUGGUGGGGGGGCGGGGAAGGAGUGA